AUGGCAACGAUAAUGGCUGACCAAAAACGCCCCCAUUUACAGCCCGUGUGCCAAAAUUGCGGCACCUCCACCACUCCUCUCUGGCGCAGAGACGAACUCGGCUCCGUGCUCUGCAACGCCUGCGGCCUGUUCUUGAAAUUACACGGGAGACCCCGUCCGAUAAGCUUGAAGACCGAUGUCAUCAAAAGCCGCAAUAGGGUCAAGACUGCCGGCCAGGGUCCCAAACGCAAGUCCACCGGCGCUGUUGACGCCAAUGGCCUACCUACCUCGAGAUCGGAAGCGGGCACUCCUCCACUGGGAGGAUCUCAUGGAUACCGUCGCGCGUCGCGCAAGACAUCGCCGGGUCAUUCGGAUCGCUCCAACUCGCCGGUUGCGCGAACAGAAACCCCCGGCGCUUCGAUGCAUCAACCCCACGCGCCGACGCAACACAAUUCCAAUAUCGCUCCUCAACAUAUGUUCGACAGUGUGACCCUCGGAGAUCAUGGUCUCGGCGCGUCCAACGGCCUUCCAGCCACCCAACUGCGCCAACCAUCCCCGACGACAACCACUGCCGAGGACCGCCACCUCGAGUCCCCCCAGACAUACGAGGGAUUGCUCGCGGCAAACACGUCGUUGAAGACGCGCGUGAGCGAGUUGGAGUUCAUCAAUGAACUGUUCCGCGGCCGAGUCACGGAACUUGAGCAGAGCAAUGCCACUGCGCGUCGGUCCGAGAUGAUCGUUCGCGACUCGGAAGUGCGCCUCCGGCGCUCGCUCGACGACUCUCAGCGGCGGGAGGAUGAGUUGAAGCAACGCAUAGCGGAGAUGGAGCGCCAAAUCUCCGACAACAAUUCUAGCGGCGGCCCGACCGCCAACAACAACAGUCCAAGCGAACCUUUGGCCAAACGCAUUAAACUAUCCGACGUGGUCGAGCAACCGGCCGAUUCGCCCAGCAAAUCGCCCAAGAGUAUCUAA